AUGCGGCAGCUCGCGCUCGGGCUGGAGCUCAGCGGGCAGCGGUUCCUGUGGGUGGUGCGGAGCCCGAGCGACGAGGGGGCUGUGAGCGACAACUACUACGAUGCCGAGAGCAAGGAGGACCCCUUCGUGUUCCUCCCAGAAGGGUUCGUCGAGAGGACCAAAGAUGUCGGCUUCCUGGUGUCGUCAUGGGCGCCGCAGAUUGAGGUCCUGGCUCACGAGGCCACUGGAGGGUUCCUGACGCACUGUGGGUGGAACUCGACCUUGGAGAGCCUCGUCCAUGGCGUGCCGAUGGUGGCAUGGCCUCUGUACGCGGAGCAGCACCAGAAUGCGGUGAUGCUAGCGGAGGGGAUCGGGGCCGCGAUACGGGUUCCAGAGCCAAAGAGGAAGGAGACGAUCGCUGGGGUGGUGAAGGAGCUGAUGGCAGGGGAGCAGAAGGGUGCCGCGGUGCGAGCCACGGUGGCGGACCUGCAGAAGGCGGCAUUGGACGGUCUCAGAGAGGGUGGUGCCGCCACGACUGCACUAGCCGAGGUGGUAGAGAAGUGGGCAACUUAG